UAGCAUCUCAAAGUCUCGCUCAAACUCAUUGUUUCAUGUAGGCGAUUCAAUCAAAUGUCAUAAGGCAUUAAGCCCCACACACCUCCUUACUCUUUUCAAAGUUGUCACCGAUAGGCAAGACCGCCACCUCAAAAUCAAGUACCACCCAUAUUUCUUUGUACCCACAACCUCAUCUUUCGUCACCGCAUUGAUGUCUAAACACUCGCAUCAUAUGUCAUUCGAGACCGCAUCUUGGUACCAGGUCAGCCCAAGCCCAUAUCCUACCUCUCCAACUUUCCUUCUCUUGAAAAAUGAAGAUAUUGCCAAGCUCCUAUGAUAACUGGUAAUGGCAAUUUCAGGGCAUUACCAAUAUUGUCACCCCUUCUUAAACCCCACUUCAUCUUCUUGCUUUCUCUCUCCUAAACUUCACACCAAUUUCCCUCCUUUCUUCCUCAAUCCUCUCAACUUCAAACUUCACUGUUCUCAGAACAAUACAAUCCAACUAGAAACCCAGAAAUCCCAACCUCUUAAUACUUACAAGAAGAAAAGGAAGCCAAAACCAAGCUUUUCUGAUCAAAUUCGUGAUAAAUGGUCUGUCAAACCUGUUUCUCAUACCCAGAAAUUUCCAUGGCAGAUUCAGCAACAACAAGAUGAAGAAGAUGAGGAAGAGGAGGAAGAAGAAGAAGAAGAAGAAGAAGAACACCCACCUUCAACUUCGUCGUCAGAAUUUGUGGGAAAUCAUAAGGAGGUAGAAUCGAUUUCUGGGGUUGCUCAAACUCCUAAAUUUGAUGUUAAUGUGGAUAGUAGAAGAAAAAUUGAAGAACCCAUUUCUGAUUUCAGUAGAAAAUUUGAUAAAAAGUUGAGUAAUAAAGUUAGUAAUCAUGUUAAUAUUGAAUUGACUAAUGUUUCGAUUUCAUCUUCAAUUGCUGAGAAAAAGGGAUUGAGAAAAACUGAGCUAUUUAGUGGGAAUUCAGUGAAUAAUUUAGCUCCUGAGAAAGUGGUUGAAAUUAAGGAAAAUGUUGAGAAAAUUGCUGCAACUGUUAGAUUGCAGAAAGAUAAUAGUAGUAAAGUAACAUUGUCUAGAAGCAACUAUGUUGAUGUUAAUGGUGGCGAUUUUCGGAAAGUUAAGGCUGUUAGUGAGAAUGAUGUUAAAGAGAGAAGGUUAGAUAGGUUGCCAUGGGUACCUGACCCUGAGAAAGCUGAUGAAGAUAGGCGGUCGAAGAGCAAGACCUGGUUAGCCGAGAAAUCGAUUCCGGAUUAUGAACUUAGUAGAUUGAGGAAUGUAGCAUUGAGGAUGAAAGAGAGGAUAAAAGUUGGGGCAGCAGGUGUUACACAAGCCUUGGUGGAUGCCAUUCAUGACAAAUGGAAGAUUGAUGAAGUUGUGAAACUCAAAUUCGAAGGGCAGUCCACGGUUAAUAUGAAAAGGAUGCAUGAGGUCCUUGAGAGUAAAACAGGAGGCUUGGUGAUAUGGAGAUCAGGUUGUUCUGUGGUGCUAUUUAGGGGAUUGACCUACAAACUAGACUGUGUACAAACAUAUAAGGAAGUGAAAAAAGUAGAUUUAGAUGUUUCAAAUCAUCCAGAAAAACCCGUUCCUGAUUCUGCAAGAAUUCAAAGGAAACUGUCUGAAGAAGAGUCGAUGGAGAUAAGUGAGCUUAACAAUCUGUUGGAUGAGUUGGGUCCACGGUUUGUUGACUGGUCUGGCCCUCCUCCAUUGCCUGUUGAUGCAGAUUUGCUUCCAGCAGUAGUUCCUGGCUAUAAAACUCCAUUCAGACUUCUUCCUUAUGGUGUACGGCCUUGUUUAAAAGAUUCGCAAACAACUGAAUACCGUAGGAUUGCAAGGAACACCCAUCCACAUUUUGCUUUGGGGAGGAGCAGAGAUCUCCAAGGUCUGGCUGCUGCUAUGGUAAAGUUGUGGGAGAAAAGUGCUAUAGCCAAAAUUGCCAUUAAACGUGGUGUCUUAAAUACUUCCAAUGAGAGAAUGGCUUGGGAGCUGAAGAGACUGACUAGGGGGACAUUACUCUCAAGAAAUAAAGAGUACAUUGUCUUUUAUCGAGGAAUUGACUUCUUGCCCCCAAAUGUAACAAAAUCGCUGAAGGAAAGGGAUAGGCUGUCGAUGCUUAAUUAUCAAGAAGAAGAAGAACGGCGGAAUGCAUUAGCUUUGGUUAACUCAAACUCUAAAAACUACAAGGUUCCUAUGGUCGCGGGGACUCUUGCAGAGACUGUUGCUGCAACCUCUCGUUGGGGAAAGCAAGUAGUCGAUGAAGAUGUGGAGAAUAUGAUAAAAGAUUCAGCUCUGGCUAGACAUGCUUCACUGGUUAAUUAUCAUAAAAAGAAAUUAGCUAUUGCAAAUCAGAAGCUCAAGAAGGCUGAGAAGGCAUUGGAAAAGGUGCAAGGAUAUCUAGAACCAGAAGAGCUCCCUACAGAUUUAGAAACGAUAACUGAUGAGGAGAGAUUAGUAUUCCGUAAAAUUGGCUUAAGCAUGAAGCCUUUCUUGCUUGUGGGGAGGCGAGAAGUUUUUGAUGGUACCAUAGAGAACAUACAUCUGCACUGGAAAUUCAGGGAGUUGGUGAAGGUAAUUGUGAGGGGCAAAAAUUUUGGACAAGUUAAACAUCUUGCAAUAUCUUUGGAGGCAGAGAGUGGUGGUGUGCUUGUAUCAAUAGAUAAAACUACUAGAGGCUAUGCAAUCAUUCUAUAUCGAGGAAAGAACUAUCAGCAACCUCUUCGGUUGAGGCCUAGGAAUCUACUGACAAGAAGGCAAGCAUUAGCUCGGUCAAUCGAACUGCAAAGACGUGAGGGACUGAAGCAUCAUAUAUCGAGUUUACAGGAACAGAUGGAGUUGCUCAAGUCUGAAAUAGAAGAUAUGAAAAAUGGAAAAGAGAUUGAUGAUAUGGCGUUUUAUAAAAAAUUGGACGAUACUUCUAUUCCUUCUGAUGAUGAGAUGGAAGAGGAUGAAGAUGAAGAGGCCUACUUGCAAACAUAUGACAGUGGAGAUGAAGAUGGUGCUUUCAUAGAUGCCGAGUCGUCUGAAGAUGAUGAUUUAGAUGCAUAGAAGUUACCAGAGUAUGUAACUUACCAAUGUACUCUGUGUAUAAUAUAUUAAUAUCUAAGAUAUAUACAAAAAUUAACUGAAAGCAGUUCCAUCCCUUUGGUAUGACAAUCAUCAUUCAUUCAUUUGUUAGCAACUGUGUGCGUCACAAGUUCACAAAAUCAGGCCGAGUUUUAGAGAAGAAUUUCCAUAAAUAGUUGUUAAAGCUAUAAACAAAAUUUCAAAGCUUUUUAUGAUU